AUGGCAGACUCGAGUUCGACAGAAUUGUCCGACCAAGUACUCACGGAGACAAAAUCCAAUGGAGAAGUCACUGCUCCCGACGAUGUUGACCCUCCGAAGCAAGAUGAAUACCUUGGGGGCGCGAGACUCCUAUGUAUCGUGAUUUCAAUGAUGCUGGCCGUAUUCUGCGUCGCAUUGGACAAUACCAUCAUUGCGACAGCUAUUCCUCAUAUGACUGAUACCUUCAAGACUGUGGAUGAUAUUGGCUGGUAUGGCUCGGCAUACUUAUUGACUACUUGCUCAUUCCAAUUGCUCUAUGUGAAAUUCUUUCGUGCCUUCAACGUGAAAUGGGUAUUUCUCCUAGCACUGUUCAUCUUCGAAGUUGGAUCAGCAAUUUGCGGUGCCGCGCCGUCUUCGACAUCUUUCAUCGUUGGUCGAGCAAUUGCCGGUCUUGGGGCUGCUGGGAUUUUCACCGGUGCCACUACCAUCACUGCGAUUGUUGCACCUUUGCGACUGAGACCGAUCAUCGCUGGUCUUUUGGGUGGAUUGUUUGGGAUAUGUUCUAUACUUGGGCCACUGUUGGCCGGUGUUUUUACGUCUAAAGCAACCUGGCGGUGGUGCUUUUACAUCAACCUGCCCAUCGGCGCCCUCACUACAAUCGGCAUAGGCUUUCUACUUCACAUUCGACAAACCUUUACCAAAGCAAGCGGAAAUGCGUGGCAGGUAUUCUCCUACUUUGACCCCCUCGGCAACACUUUCUUUAUCAGCGCAAUUAUAUGUCUUCUCUUGGCGCUACACUGGGGUGGAGAUGCCUACCCUUACUCCAAUGGGCGCAUCAUUGCUCUAUUCGUGUUGUUCGGUCUGCUGCUGAUCGGCUUCAUUAUCGUUCAAGUACGGCGGUCAGAGGAUGCAACAGUCCCUCCGCGUGUCGCUAAACAGCGUAGCAUACAAUUCGUACUGUUAUUCGCCUUUUCCCUCGGCGGCACAAUCUUCCCAAUUGUGUAUUAUCUCGCAGUGUGGUUUCAGGUCGUCAAAAACCUUAGUCCCAUUCUGUCAGCUGUACAUACGCUACCUUUGAUCCUCUCCCAACUCUGCGGGAAUAUUGUCGCCGGCAUAUUGACAUCAAGGUUCGGUUACUACGUGCCUUUUAUUUGGGCCUCCGCUAUCCUGAUGCCUCUCGGCGCAGGACUAAUCACAACCACCACGGUCAACAUCUCCCUGGCGAAGUCUUUUGGAUACCAGAUACUUCUUGGAUUCGGGUUUGGAUUUGGCUUUCAGCAAGGCGCUGUGACAUGCCAGACCGUACUGCCUGCAGCCGAUACCCCCAUAGGUACAUCUGUGACGUUCUCUGCGCAGCUGCUGGGUGGUGCCAUUUUUCUAUCGGCAGCACAGAAUCUUUUUGCCUCGCACUUAAGCGCGGCCAUCUCGGCAAUGCAUAUCCCCGGCGUCACCGGAGGUAUAUUGGCCCAGGCUGGGGCGACUGAUAUCCGCCAGAUCGUGCCCGCUGAAUACGUUGACGCGGUUCUUGUGGCAUACAAUAAUAGCAUCGUGAAAGUGUACCAGUUGGCGUUGAUCAUGAGCUGUCUGGCGAUCUUAGGGGCUGUGGGUGUGGAAUGGAGAUCGGUCCUUGCGAAGCCGACUGAGGAGACCACGACGGCUGAGAGUGAAGAGUCUGCAUGA